AUGAGUGAGGUGCAGGCAGCAGCCACCUGCGCCUCUUUCCGCGUGGGGGCGCCAGAGCACAGCGGUCUCGCGGGGGCGGGGCGAGCCCGGGCGCCGAGCGCGCAGGCUCAGGCGCACGCGCAGUCGUGGGCCUUCUCCAUCCGGGUCUCCGUCCGGCGGGAUCUUCCCUCUCAGCUCGCGACUGGCAUGGCUGGGCUCGAGGAGCCGGGGAACGGCGGGCGGGGGCGCGCGCCCCCGAGCGGGGGCCCCGGCGGCGUGAGGACAACGGUGUCGCGCGAGCUGCUGCACGCGGGCUGCGCAGGCGCAGGCGGGCUUCAGGACACGCUCCUCAUCAGUUCCAAAGGCAAGAGCCCGGGCUUGAAGACCGUCCGAGUGGAGAGGAGCAGCCUUUUAGAAAGAGUGAAGAACUUCCUACCUCACAUCGAACAGGCAAACAAAAAACUGAGAGAGGAAAUGGCAUCAGGGCCUCCAGGCCUGUUCAAUAUCGAAAAUGUAGAUGACUGCCAGGAAAAAAUCAUAGAAAUGGACGUGGCCAUGGUGGAGGUGAGCAGCUCUGAUUCUGAAGACCUGAGUUCAGGAGAGAGUUCCGAAUCCGAGGACGAAAACAGCGUAACUGGAGAGGUCACUGUGGAGAAUAUUAAGCUUCCUAACUCAGGACAAAGAAGAGGCAAGAUAGAAGUUUUGGACACUUGAACAACCAGAGGGAUGAAGCUGUCCGUCUCCGGCCCCGUGCCUGCGCUGCACUCGGGACCCAGCCCCUCCAGCUCCAGGGGAUCAUUUGUGUGACUGACUUGUCCGUUUCGUGGGACAUAAGCACUGCUUCUAUAUAUGUUGUGUAUAGUUCACUAGGGUUUUGUGUGAAGGUCAGCUUUCCCAGUCCCUUGCCCAGAAGCCAGCGUGGAAACAAAUGGCACUAAAUAAAUGCUUUUAAAAUCAA